AUGAGUGAUGGAUUUGUUGGUGGAAGAAGGAUUAAUGGUACCAUGGAAAGCAAAAAGAUAGUUAAGCAUAAAGGAACUGUCAAGACUAUUCAGGGUAACAAUGGUGACGUAAUAGACUGUGUAGAUAUCUAUCAACAACCUGCUUUUGACCAUCCAUUACUUAAGAAUCAUAUCAUACAGAUGGAACCCAGUUCCAUUCCAAAUGUAACAAACGAAGAAUUCUAUGAUGCCGAGCUAUUUCAAGAUUUGCUUGAGAAUGAGGAAUGCCCUGAAGGAACAAUCCCAAUUAGACAUGCACGAGAGUAUGAAUAUUAUCCACAUCGUGCUAUACCCCCAGCUGCACUUGCACGUCGGAAAAACCUUAAUAUCCGUGUUGAUUAUGAUAAUACUGGUCAUGAGUACGCUAACGUUCAUCUGAGUGAUGGAAACCACCAUGGAGCAAAUGCAUUUAUUAACGUAUGGAAUCCUACGAUUAAUGAUGGGGAAGUUAGCAUUGCUCAAAUAUGGCUUACUGCUGGUCCUUCAGACCUACUAAACUCCGUUGAAGCUGGAUGGAGUGUUAGUUGGCCAGACAAGGAACCCAAGUUUUUCGUAUACUGGACUAAUAAUGGAAAUUGGUGGCUACAAGUGAAAGGUAAGGUGCUUGGAUACUGGCCUAGCUCCAUCUUCACAUAUUUGAAAACCAGUGCUACAGCAGUCACCUGGGGUGGAGAGAUUUAUGACUCAGGAAAACAGCCUCAUCACACAACAACUCAAAUGGGGAGUGGACAUUUUCCGAGUGAAGGCUAUAGAAAAGCAAGUUAUUUUCGCAAUAUUCAAUACAUGGAUAGCAUGGGAAAAUUCAUUGACCCUGAUAGGGGACAGCUGAGACCAUCUGCAACAAAAUCUGGGUGCUAUGAUGUAAGUAUAGCAACCCAUGAUGGAAACUUUGGAACCCAUUUCUAUUUUGGGGGUCCUGGGUAUUCAACAAAAUGCCCUUAG